AUGGACGGGCAUGCGGGUCCCGAGGCGAACCCCCUCCUCGAGCGCAUAGGUGGCAUCUGGGCCGGCCGCACGCCAGGCCUGCAGGAAGAGUUCCAGCGCGAGGUCGCGCAGCUGCUGGGCCGCGGCCGCAACCUUUCGUUCCCCGGCGCGCAACCCGUGUCCUUUUCGGCCGAACACAUCCAAGAGCUCAAGACGCAGGACUACUACGUGUGCGAGAAGACGGACGGGUUGCGCUACCUGAUGUACCUGACGCGCGAGGGCGAGCACGACAUCCACUACCUGAUCGACCGCAAGAACGACUACUGGUUCGUGCCGUACCUGCACUUCCCGCACCACGAGGACAAGACCUUUGAGCGCUUCCACACCGACACCAUCCUGGACGGCGAGCUGGUCGAGGACCGCUACCCGGACCGGCCACCGGUCAUCAAAUUCCUGGUGUUCGACUGCCUGGUCCUGGACAAGCAGGUGCUCAUGCAGCGGCCGCUCGACAAGCGGCUCGCCUACUUCAAGUCCCACGUCCUGGGGCCCUACAAGGAGAUGUACAGGCAACAACCCGACCGGCCACGGCCGUUCGUGCUCGAGGACAAGGCCACCGAGUUCAGCUACGGCCUCGAGAAAAUGUUCAAGGAGAUCAUCCCCAAGGUCAAGCAGCUGCAUGGCAACGACGGCCUGAUCUUCACGUGCCGCAACACCCCCUACAAGACGGGCACCGACGAGCACAUCCUCAAGUGGAAGCCCCCUGCCGAAAACACGGUCGAUUUUCUUCUACAUAUCGAGUGGCCGCUCGUAGACCCCGACCCGGACGACCCGGACCGCUCCCCCCAGCCGGAUUACUACGCCUUCCCCACACGGUUUUGCCUGUACAUCCACCACGGCUCGAACGAGUACUCGUACAUUGACGAUCUACAUGUCGAACCGCACGAAUACGGGGAAUGGAAAACUCUGGGCCAUCCCUUGCAGGACAUCAUCGUCGAGGCCGCCAAGGACGACCAGCAGAGGUGGCGGUACCAUCGGUUCAGGCAUGACAAGGACCAGUCCAACCACAUCAAGGUGUACAGGAGCGUCAUUCGGAGCAUCCAGAGCCACGUCACCGAGCAGGAUCUGCUCGACCACGCCAACGACAUCAGGAAGGCGUGGAAGGCGAGGGACGAGGAACGGAAGCGCAUGCAGGGUGCUGUCAAGCGGGAGCCUUGA